UUCCUUUCCCUCUCUCAUUCCUUUCAGUUUUUCGGUUAGACUUUCCUGAAUAAAUUGAACAUCAAGAUUUUCAAAUUUGCCUAAGUAAUCUUGAGAGAGGAAUUGGAUGGCUUAUCUCCAGCAUGGCAGAAAUGCCCUCCAGAAAAUCAUCAGAGACACGAAUGUUCAGAACCAGGAUCGCUUGAUGCAACCUCUCUUGUUUGCUUGUCAAGGAGUUAGAUACAGGAAGUUGGAAGUCAUUCUUACAACGAGCAUCGAGAAGCUUGGCAAAGCAGGUGAAACUGUCAGAGUUGCUCCUGGUUAUUUUCGCAACCACCUGAUGCCGAAAUUGCUUGCGGUCCCUAAUAUUGAUAAGUUUGUUCAUCUCAUUAGGGAGCAGCGUAAGAUUUAUCAACCAGAGGAAGAGGAGGUUCAAGUAGUUGCAAAGACUGUGGAAGAUAAGACAAAAGAAUAUGAGAAGGCAGCAAACCGUCUAGUUAAUGCCCGGCUGGUAUUGAGGAGAUUCAUCGAUGUUGAGAAGUUCCGUGCUCGUGCUACGAAAGAUGACCCAGUCGAAUUGCGCUCACCUGUGACAAAAGAUGAACUUGUUGCUGAGGUUGCAAGGCAGCUAUGUGUGCACAUUGAACCUGAAAACCUAUACCUACCAACACCUUUGUCAACAUUUGGAGAGUUUGAGGUGCCAUUACGGUUGCCAAAAUCCAUACCUCUCCCAGAAGGUAAAGUUCAUUGGACUCUUCAAGUUAAGAUCCGAGGUAAAUAAACAGAGAUAUUGGAGCUGGAUACCACCAAGCAAGAAAAGAACUUUCUGACCUUAGUGGUGUCUCAGUAAUAUGCCGUGAUUUUAUAUUAUUGCAGAGGAACAAUAUCUUCUCUUUGAAUUAGCUAAGUGGGAUCAUAGGAAUCAAAUGUCCAGGGAGUAUCGAUCUUCGAUGUCUGAUGAUGCUAUUUACCAUCACUUCAAACUCUAAAUUGGACAAAAAAAUUUUAAUUUUUAAAGGAAGUGAUUUUAUCUAGUAAUCACAACACCCACCCUCUUCACAGGCAAGUCAAUCAACUUUGCAGGAUUGUAUUUUUAUCUCUUGUAAUAACCUUAAGCGAAAGCUCUUGUCUAGGAAUUUCAUCAA